GAUUAGGAGCCCACUGGAGAGAAAAUUUGGAGACAGCUUUUAUCACUUCCUAACAAGGAAAGCUGAAGACUAGAAUGAUACUUGGGGUUUGUUUGUUUGUUUAUUUUGUAACCCCACAACCAACAUUUGGGCCGUGCUGCAGUUGCGUAGAAACAUACGAGAAACAAGAUGUUCCAGAACAUAUUCUCCACUAAAAGGCAAUAAAGAGUGGGUCGGUGAAGAGGAAAAACUUGGCCAAAUGUUGUGUACACUUUUUGUUUUUGUUUUUGUAUUUUGUUUUUUAAAAUUUAAAUUUAUUAUGUAUAUAGUGUUCUGCCUGCAUGUGUGCUUGCAAGCCAGAAGAGGGCACCAGAUCUCAUUAUAGAUAGUUGUGAGUCACCAUGUGGUUGCUGAGAAUUGAACUCAGGGCCUUUGUGAGCCCUCUCUCCAGCCCACCCCCACUCCCCCACCCUGUGAUGUACACUUGUAAUCCUGGCACCUAAGAACUAGAUGAAGGAGAAUCAGAAGUUCAAGGUUCACCUGGGCUACAAAACAAGUUCCAGGGCAGCCUGGACUGGAUGAUGUUACUCUAAAAAAAAAACAGGGCAGACGUACAUAAAAUUACCGUCCUGUAAUCUUGCCCCUCAGAACACUGAGGCAGAAUAAUUGUCUUGAUUUGCAGCCAACUCAAACGAAUGCUCAGACUUGUCUCAUUUUCUCCCAAGCCCCAUUCACACACAUAGAAAAGCACCUACAAGGCUUGGGGUGCGGUGAUUCUCAACCUUCGUAAUCCUGCAUCCCUUUAAUACAGUUCCUUAGGUUGUGAUCUCCAACUAUAAAGUCAUCUUUUGUUGCUACUCUAUAACUAAUUUUGCUCCUGUUUUGAGUCGUAAAUACCUGAUAUGCAGGAUAUCUGAAAUGUGAACUUCCCCCUUAGAGGUCCCAACCCACAGGUUGAGAACCGCUGUUCUGAAGUAAAUGCUUGUCCAGGACUGUUAUUAAAAGCAUUUUUUGCUUUUUCAGAGGACCAGUUCUGUCCCUGGCACCCGUACAACUGGCAACUCACAGCCAUCUGUAACUCUAGCUCCUCUGGCUUCCAUGGGCCCCUGCAUUCACAGGCACAUACGAAUCCAUAGAUGAAACACACAUGAACAUAAUAGAAUUUUUCACGGACAGCCUGUGGGGCACACUUCCCCACUCAUGGCAAGAAGCACUGGAUGGACUGAACCCACCACAGCUGGCCACUCUGCUGCUGGGGAUGCCCAGGGAAGGGGAGGAGAUCAGGUACAGGUCUGUGUGGCCACUCACCCUGCUGGCCCUGAAGUCCACAGCUUGUGCCCUCGCCUUUACCCGGACACCUGGCUUUCACACCCCAUCAGAGUUCCUGGAGAACCCCAGCCAGAGCUCCCGACUAACAGCUCCUUUUUGGAAACAUGUCAAGCCCAAGAAGCAGCAUGAGAUCCGGAGGCUGGGAGAGUUGGUGAAGAAGCUUAGUGAUCUCACUGGCUGCACCCAAGUUGUGGAUGUGGGCUCAGGCCAGGGCCACCUCUCCCGCUUUAUGUCUCUGGGGCUGGGGCUGAUGGUGAAGAGCCUUGAAGGGAAUCAGAGGUUGGUAGAGAGAGCUCAGCGUCUAGACCAGGAGCUUCUGCAGGCUCUGGACAAAAUGGAGAAGAGGCAGCCAAAGAUGGCGCAAAGAGGCCCUCGCCACCGGCCCCACCACGUGGUUCAGUGGGUCAGCCCCACAAGUCUGUGUGAGGAGCUUCUGCUUCCUCUGGAAAUACCAGGCCAGAGUAGUGCACGUCUGCUACUUACAGGCCUUCAUGCUUGUGGGGAUCUUAGUGUUGCCUUGCUGAGACACUUCUGCUGCUGUCCUGAAGUGGUGGCCCUGGCUUCAGUGGGCUGCUGCUACAUGAAACUCAGUGACCCGGGCAGCUACCCACUGAGUCAGUGGAUAGCUGAGCUGCCUGGCCAUGAACUACCCUACAGGCUCCGGGAGGGUGCCUGCCAUGCUCUGGAGGACUAUGCGGAGAGAUUACAGAAAGCAGGGCCUGACUUGCAAACACACUGCUUCCGUGCAGCACUGGAGACGGUCAUCCGACAAGCCUGCCCUGAGCUUCGGAGGCCUGGUGUGCAAGGAAUCCCCAGGGUUCACGAACUCAAGAUUGAAGAAUAUGUGCAACAAGGGUUAGAGCGAGUAGGUCUGGACCCCCAGCUGCCUUUGGAUCUGGCUGCCCUCCAGGCCCACCAGGCCCAAGAGAACCGUGUGGUGGCCUUCUUCAGCUUGGCCCUCCUGCUGGCCCCACUGGUAGAGACAUUGAUUCUGCUGGAUCGGAUGCUCUAUCUUCAGGAGCAAGGUUUCUAUGCUGAGCUCUUGCCCAUCUUCAGCCCUGAACUCUCUCCCAGAAAUCUGGUUCUGGUGGCCACCAAGACGCCCCUGGGUCAGGCCUUCUCCACUCUUGAGACUGAAGACAGCUGACAGUCUGAAACUACCAGUAACAAUAUGGCUAGAUACCAUAAUUUGUCACCAUUUAGAGUGCCCUGCAUCUUGCUGGGAUUCUGGUUCUUUGCAGACUUCAGAUUUGUAUCCUUUCUUUCCCUUCACAUAAUUAUUAAAACUCUUAAAACUUG